UUCCCAGGCAAGACCUUGCUGCGGCGAUACAACAGCAAAUACAUACAAGGUUCCCACGAGUGAUUCACUGUCUUCUUGAGAAGUUUCAGCUCACAACGACGAAGACUUACGACCAGCAUUGAAUUAUCUCUAGACAGCUAGCUCGCCAAGAAGUCUAUAGGAAGAGCGAGUACCAGCAAACUACCAUCGCGAACGUUGCACAGGAAUAGAUGAAUUCUUUAAGCGCAGCGGCUGCAGAAGGGGCCAGUAUGGCAGCUCGCUCAAAUAACGCUAGCUACAGGAAGGCGGAGCACAACGACGGUGGUUUCGCUCCUCCUGCAGCUCUUGAUACGAAGGCGAUCGAAAAUUUACAGAGGGACAUCAGAAGUCCGCAUAUCGCUGCUUCUGGAGUGCAAUUGCCUGUAAACACGGUAACUGUGUCAAAUGACUUCAACCGAUUUAUAUCGCAGAUGACAGCAGCACCUGUACCCUCAGCAUCCAACGCAACAGGAGCCAUCAAUAGUCAACAACAAGGUCACGCCACCGGUCCUGCUAACACGGUUCAAACGGGAAGCGCAUCACAACCGAAGCUUGGUCCAGUACCCGUAAACAAGAAGCAAAAGCGAAUACCGAAAAGUGAUUUACAAAGAAGUGAAAGGCAAAAGGCUCAGAAGUUGGAACCAUCUGUUGUGUCUUUCUCCAGUUACAUUUCAGGGGACUCUUCUUCAAAAGCAGCCAACGACGAAGCUCUUUCAUUGGCUCAGAAAGACCCCGAUUGGGCGAAGAUGACCCCCGCCGAGUGUCGUCGACAUGAGCGAAAUAUGAGGGAGCAACAGCGGUCGGGUCUCAUAUCGCAACAGAUCAAGGAGCUACGAGAGGUUCUGACGGAGUCAAAUAUUCCUUUCAAACCAAACAAGUUUUCCAUCCUUGUCUCUGUAGUUGACUACAUCAAAUCAUUGCAAGCCAGAGCCAUCAUGCUGGACUCAGAACAUCAAAAACUGGCGGACACUAUUCGAGAAGCAAGCGAUUUGGUCACCAACGGGUUAACUAGUGAAGAAGACAAAGAGUGCAUGUCUCCACUUUCCGACGAGCCGCAAAGUGAGCUGCUUUUCGUACAAGGAAUUGACUACCGUGCUGUUUUCAAUCAUUGUCCAUAUGCCAUGGGGGUGGCUUCAUUGGACGGAAGAAUACUGGUCUGCAACAGCUCUUUCGAAUCUCUUUUGGGCCUAAAUAAGGACCGGGCUCGACAACAGAGCUUUUUCGUGUUUAUCCGGAACCAUCAAGAUAUAUUUGACGCCAUGGCAGACCUGCUUAAACGCUCAAGUGUUGCCAGUGAAACAGGGGAAGGGGUCGUAGUAAAGGAAGAACAUUUGUUGUACUGGUGUGGACAGGUAGUGACUUUGCGAUCUCAACGGCUAAUAUUCAACAUCACGCUGACUAGUUCUUCGAACGGAGAGCCAAGUUUUUUCGGUUUCUCAGCUGCUGAAGGUAGUCACGACUACUGUUAGAGAAAUUAGCCUCGUUUUGCGGCUUCACGGUCAGUCAUUGGCUGAAGCUAAUAACGACGACUGGUAGAGAAAUCGGCCGCGUCUUGCGGCUACUCAGCCAAAAGUUAUUGGGGUUUUCUAAUACGGUUGAUGUGAAUUCUUACAAGCGCCAUCCGUUAUUUGCGCUUUUCCUUUAUAGCGGCGGUGAUUUUCUUAUUGUGAGGUGAUGACCAUCUACCCCCUCCCUCCCCUGUCUAGAGAAAGGAAAACCUUCUACGCAACCCCCCUUACAUGCGUUGACGGACUGUUUGAACAGCUUAUGUUGCCGUCGGUUGCGUUGGCAGACUUUCCGGGCAGCUUAUGCUUGUGAGCAAAAAGAGUAUCUCACAAUUCUACGAACGAUUUUCAACCAAGCCGCACCCACGCGUUUCUCUUGUCAAGACUAAUACUAUUUUGUUUUCCGAAUGACCAGACUGUACAGAACCUACGUCUUUGUAGUACUAGAGCGGGGUACGGCUUCAGGCGUUCUCCUGAAUCUGGUUCAUCUAUAUCCUUUAUCGUUCACGUGAAGAGCUAAUGAAUGCGAUCGAAUGAAAGGUUUUAUGUCUCAAAACGUUUCUAACUGUAAGAGCAAUCUCUAAAAGAAGCAGAAUUCCGCGCGAUCAGAGAAAGAUCUUUGUGUGGUACCGAGCAUCUCCGUCGGCUGAAAAAUAGUACUUCGAAUGCGUUUUGCCAAAAGAAUCAAAAAGCAACUUCCAUAAAUAAAAAAUAAGAGCAGAUUGUUCUGAAC